GCUCCUCCAGAUCCCAGUCGCCUUGGAGUCCGCAACCCAAACUUUGUAAGCAGAGCCCUGCGGGCUCCUUGGGGACCUCUGCCCUAUGCGGUGGCCACAGAGGAAGUGUUAGCCGAGCCAGUGGUGGAGUUGAUGGUAGUGGUUUGUGUCCUACUGUCAUCCCUGCUGGUGGCUUUAGAGACGCUUCCCAUCCUGGCUCAGCCAGGCUGGGAAGACAUGAGGAUAUUGCUGGCCGCACUGGAGAAUGGGAUCUGCAUGGUGUUCAUGAUCGAGUUUGCAUGCCGGUGGUACUCACGCUCGCUUCGGCCGACCUACAUCCUCAAGCCGCUGGUCAUAAUUGACAUCCUCGCCUUCACCCCGCUGUUGCUCCGCCUGAUGGGCAUCACUGAAUCAGACACGAUGGCUGCGGUCAUUGCUGGCGUCCGGCUUCUGCGCGUGUUUCGCCUUCAGCGCUUUCUGCAAGACUACGAUGGCUUUUUGACACUUGCGACUCAAGGCCUGGGCAUCGACCCAAAGUAUGUCACCCCUGUCCAGCUCGAAGUGACGCGAGUGCUGCUAUCUGUCUUCACGCUGCUGUACACAGCUACAGGGGCCAUCUAUGCGGCGGAGCACGAACUGAACCCACAGUUCCCGGACUUCUUCACAGCUUUGUACUUCGGCCUUACAACACUGACCACUGUCGGCUUUGGCGACAUUACGCCAAUCACCGUUCAAGGCCGCCUGGUUGUGGCUGCUUCGAUUUUGGCAGGAGUUGCGGUCAUCCCGUACCAGCUCAGUAGACUGGCAGAGGUCUUUAUGGCCUCAACCAGUUUUGACCGGCGGGGCCUUACUUUCAGCAGCAUCCAGGACGUCCAGGAUAGCUCGGACCGUCAAUGUCCCAACUGCAAGGCAUCGCCCCACCGCAAAGAUGCUGCCUUCUGCUGGCGGUGUGGUGAAGUGAUGCCCGUGGAGUAA